AUGAGCUUGGGCCCCAUGGCUGGCAGUUCAGCGGAACACCUCCCCGUUAACCCCGCUCAAACCCGCUCAAGGGUGAGGCAGCAUUGGACCCGACAAAUGAAUAUAGGUCUCAUCAAUGCUUACUACGAAAUAACAGAAGGAGAAACAAAAACGAAGAAAUAUGCAGACCAACUUGCAGAACGAUGGCGGAAUAUAUACCCUGACAAAUUGUUCACAGGAAUACAUCUCAUAGCGCAGAUCAGGAACAUCAAGACGCGAAAAUUGUUGGCACCGGAUGAACUAGAAGCUCUCAAGACUAGGGCAAUGGAUUGCUCGCCGGCAGCAAAUAUCCGAAACAUCAGGAGAAGCCUACAGAGGAGAAGUUCCAUAAGACCACAACAAAUAAGAUACGAAGAAGGCGACGAGACAGGUCAGAUAAUGGAACUGGGAAUACUGGAUGAAGUUGCUAAAGAUAUACUCCCUCUUUUCCAAGAAAUUAGGCUCAAAUGGGAGGGCACGGCUUUUGGGGUUAGACCUAGAAUAUCUAGACUGAAGAAUAAUCCAGAAACAAGGAACCUGGUACAGCUCCUCGAUGCCGCCUUGAAAGAUACGAUCCAGGCAUCAACUAGUCUAGAAGAACUAUGCCAUGUUGUCUACAGCGCGGCGAUCACAGCUAACACCAUCCAGCAGACAGCAUCAAAAAUAGGACAACGAGGAAACAACCUGCAAGAAAAACCCCCAUGGGAGAAGAGAUUGGAGGGAAAAAUCGAGAGAUUCAGAAAGGAAAUAGGAAUUUUGCAUGCAUUCCUGAGUUCCCAGAGACCAAGCAAGCAUUUGGAGAAAAAGGUACGGGAAUAUUCCGGAAGAGCUGGACUGAAAAGAAAAGAAACCGAUUACCGCAUGAAACUUAAAACUCAUUUGGAGAUGUUGAAACAGAAGAUCGCUGCAGUGGGCAACAGAAUAAGGAGAUACCAUAAGAGAACCCUUAGAUUCCGGCAGAAUAAUCCCUUCUCCAACAACCAAAAGGAAUUUUACAGAGGUCUCGAAAUGGAAAAGGCAGGAAGAACGGAUCCACCAACAUCUGGAGAGAUGGCUGAGUACUGGUCUAAAGUGUGGUCUCGGAGCACCAGUCACAACGAGAAUGCCGCCUGGAUUAAGGCCGAGGAAGAACAACAAAGCGAUCUCCAGGAAAUGGACGCAGUACACAUCACGGAAGAGAAUAUACGCGUCACCGUCAAAAGAAUGAAGAACUGGACAGCACCAGGAGUCGAUGGUAUCCACAACUACUGGUGGAAGGCACUGAAAUCAACCCACCGAGUUUUAUCGCGGCUUAUCCAGGGGGCACUCGAACAACCACAGAGCGUUCCUGAGUACCUCACACAAGGCAUCACCUACAAGAUCCCCAAGAAAGGAGAUCUUAAGAAGCCGGAAAACUACCGACCCAUAACGAGCCUGUCAUCGAUCUACAAGAUCAUAACGUACAUCAUAUCCCAUCAGAUUGACACUCACCUAAAGAGAAACAACAUUAUGGCAUGGGAGCAGAACGGAUGCAAGAACAAAAGUAAAGGAAGCAAAGAACUUCUGAUAAUCGAUAAGACGAUCACCAGACAGGCAAAAAUACGGAAAAAAAAAAACAUCUCAAUGGCCUGGAUCGAUUACCAGAAAGCAUACGAUUCUGUUCCCCACUCGUGGCUGUUGAAGGUCCUAGAGAUAUACAAGGUAAAUAAACGGAUCAUCCACCUUCUCCGGUUCCUCAUGUCCACCUGGAGAACAACGAUAACGAUCUCUGGGCAAUCAACACCUGGCCACACCGUAAAAAUAAGACGUGGCAUCUUCCAGGGAGAUGGUUUCAGCCCUAGAUGGUUCUGCCUGGCCCUUAAUAUCCUCAGCAAGGUCCUCAAUAGAUCCGCAUAUGGCUACUCCAUGAACGAAUCAGUGAAACUAAGUCACCUCUUUUACAUGGAUGAUAUCAAACUUUAUGCCAGAGGAAGGAUACAGCUCGAGGGAGAAAUAGAACUGGUCCGAAGGUUCAGUGAGGACAUAGGAAUGUCAUUUGGACUGGAAAAAUGCGCCGUGGUUGAGGUGAAACGGGGAAAGAUGGUGGCGGAGGGUAAUAUAAGAUUGGCUGACGGAAGGGAGAUAGCGGAGUUGGCAAUGGAGGAAAGGUAUAAAUAUUUGGGCAUUCAACAGACAUAUGAAAUCAAACAAACUGAAAACAAGCAGAAUGUCAAAACGGAGCUGAUGACAAGAGUCCGUAAGAUCCUAAAAACACAGCUCUCAGCAAAAAUAAAAUCGAGGCAAUAA